GGUGCAGAUGGUCCCGUCAGUGAGCAGAGCUGCAUCCAUGGCUCAGGUAAAGGAAGCGGGAGACGCAGCGAGGAGCCAUCAGGAAUGUGCAGAGGUCUACUCUGACAUGGCUACUGUCAGCUCCAGUGCAGAUAUAGGAGAGACGGUGAGGAAGAGGCCGUUGUGUGAGACCUCCCUGGGUGUCAGCCUUGGCAGGCGGAGCAGGGCCUACCCCUCCCCAGCCAGGAGACGACAACGCACCACCUUCAGCCACAAGCAGCUGGAACAGCUGGAAGUGGCCUUCGGACAAAACCAGUAUCCUGACAUCUACUACAGAGAGGAGCUGGCCCGUAUCACCAAGCUCAAUGAGGCUCGCAUACAGGUUUGGUUUCAGAACAGAAGAGCCAAACAGCGGAAGCAGGAGCGGGCCUCCCAGAAAGUUCUCCCAGUGGGUGUGAUGUCAGGCCACAGGGCGCUGCUGGGAGGCAUGCACGUCCAGCCAUCCAGCAUGGCUCGACAGUACUACACCCAGCCCCUGGCUCACAUCCCCCGCCUCCCCCCCAUGCUGCCCUCUGGGGCAUACUCCCGGCACCCAGGCCCGGUGGGCCAGUGCCCCUGCCCCAGUGUCCCACCGCAGCCAGCCUCCCAGCGGCAGCAUGAAGACUGGUACAGCCCGCUGAGGAACAACCUCAACUCGCCCAUGUUCUCUCUGGCCUCCAUGCAGCCUCUAGACCCGGCCUCACACUGGAGCUAA